AAAAAAAAAAAAAAAAAAAAAAAAAAACUCCCAAACAUCCUUCUUCUUCUUCUUCUUCAAAAAAACUCACUCCUAAACAUCUACUUUGGUUGAAUCCCAUGGGUCGUUUCUGUUUGAUUGGAUGAUUGACGCGAUCGUUUGUACCGUAAUCAUUUUCCUUUUUCUAAAAAUAUUUAUUGCAAUCUAGGUAAAGUAAAAACUCUAUAAACUAAUAGUAUUAGGCUCAUAAAAAAUUUAUUAAUUUAUAAAGAUUAUUAUUUUAUCAAUAAAUUAAUAAUUAUUAUUUUAUCAAAAAAUAAAUACUUUAAAAAAAUUCAUUGCUUUAAGGAAAAAAUUAUUCAAUAUCAACCCUACUUUUUUUAUUUUUAUUUUUUUCCCUUUGGUGACGUCAGAACCCCACUAGAGAUGGGCAAAACCCACGCUCACGGCAAUAACUUGCAAAUCACAUUGAGAAGUAAACCACUCUGAGCAAAAUGGCCAAACAAGGUAACAAAAAAGAAGCCAAAAAGUAAAAUAAAAAGUAAUGAUUUUUUAAUAUUCAAUUUCCUUAAAAAAAUUAAUAUUUUUGGCUGAUUCAUUGCUUUUAAUUUGAUCUUUCUAACUGAAAAUUUUCAUCUGGGAAUUGUUGUGGAGUAUACUAGGUGUUAGACCCGUCUGAUGGACAGGGACCACAUGUAGAUAGACAUUACUACAUAAACAAAUAAAAAAAAUGUUAAUAUUUGUAUAGAUUUUUGUAUUUUUAUAAAAUAUAUAAUGAAUUCAUUGAAAAAUAUAAAACACAAACAUCGACAACACUUUACCAAACGAAUACACUGGUAAUUUAUUUAACGCAAAAAAGAUUGUUAAGAAAUUUUAAAAAAAAUGAACUUUGAAUUAAAUAAUUAUAUAUCUUGCAAUAUUUCUUGGUAGACUAUAUUGGUAGUCUGGGGUGGGAAGGUUGGUUAGGGUGGUUAAGAGAUUAUGGUAAGAAAUUUUUUUUUUUUUUUUAAAAAGUUUAUGAUAAGGAAUGGUUACUACAGAAACAAUAACCCUAACCAAUUGUAGAGGCCAUCCAAUUUUUUAAUAAAAAAAAUUAAAAAAAUAAAAAAGGUUGGAUAUCAGGACCUUUAUUCCUUGUUUCGUAGUGACUUUUGUUUUCAGUGUUUUUAUUUUAUUAUUUUCUUUUUUAAAUAUGAUGCAUUCUCACCUUCCGUCAUUUUUUAUUUUUUAGCCUCAUUUGUUUGUUUGAUUUAGUUAUUUCUCAUUACCUAUCUAAUAAUUUAUCUUUAAUUAACUUACUCGUUGUCAGAAAUAUUUUAUUCAAAAUGUGAGGGUGGGACUAUUUUUUUACCCUUAAAGAAUAUCAUUAACCUAUUUUUUUCUUUCAUUAAUAUCUUUCUAGACACUUUCGCAAAUGUCAAAUCCAUCCUGCUGAUUUUUUUUUCAAAUUAAAGUUAGAUUUUUUAAGAAAACAAUUUUAAAAGUUGGUUCAAAAAAUCAUAAAUUUGCCACAUAAGAUUUAGUCAUAUGUGGCAUGAUACGAUACCUUAGAUUUUAUCUUUCUGGAGUUUGCUUUACUAUAAUAUAUAUAGACUUCUUUCCAGGAAAAAAAAGGAACAAAAAAUUAAGAGCCCAAUAUUUAGCCGCAUAGACCCCUUAAUAUUUGUUGAAAACACGAAAUAUUUAGCAGUCAUACACGAUUAGACAAAUAAAUUUAUCUUAUUAAAAAGCACAAAUGUUUUUUUUAGGAAACAGAAACUGGAAUAAAAAAAAUUAAGUAUAUAACCAAUUCAACAGUCACUGUACUAUUGUUGGGAUGUAGUGUGCAUCAGAAAUCUAUGCAAAUUUUCAAUGGAAUGAUGAGCACAACCUGAACUUGAAAUUCAUUACCAAGAUUAACUAAACAGAGGUAAUAAUCAAAGUAUGCUAGAUUUCAAAACAAAUAGCACCGUUAGAAUCAUGAUUUCAUCAGUAUUCAGGAAGAACCAUUUCGUCAGUAUUCAAAGCCGUUUCUUGAUUCCGUUUUUGCAUGACAAAACAAACAGCUUCUCAACUAUUUUGCUUUCUAUCCAUCUUUAGACCAUUUUUGUGAGAUCCCGAGUGUUGAGACCCCCUUACUUAGCGAGUAAUAAUUGAUUCAUGUAUAAAUUAGUAUAUUUAUUUCUAAUGUAUGUACAUUUUUCCAUUUAGGUUCAAGAAAGAUAAACUAAAAAUUUGGAUUUCAAAACGUUAAAAAGGAAGAAGAAAGAAUAGCCAUAAUUGAAGCCUUUUAAUAUUUUUAUUCUUUGCCAGAGCCAUUUUUAUCCCCGCUACAUCAACCCAUCACCAUAGUAUUUUAACUCAAUUCCAUAUUUGAAGCUAAAUUAUAGAAGUUUCAGGUUGGCCUAACUUCUUUAAUUAUUUUAAUAAAAUAUUAAUAUAAAAUUCUUUUUGUCCUAAGGAAAGAAAGGACCGGAAAGUUUUCCUGAUUCGCAUUAACGCAACAUUUCUUGUCCUCUUCGUCUUCAACGGGUUCCACCGGCCAGCUCCUCCAUUUUCUCCAUUUUUGUCCGGUUCUACACUCUUGAAAUAAAACCCUAUAGCCAAAAAAAAAAGAUACCGCGAAGAUGCAAGCAAUUUCCCUUCAUAAAGAUUCAAGCCCGGAUAGUAAGCAGGAUUGUUAUUAAAAAAAAAGAACAUGGAAAUUUCUCUAAUCCUUCAAAUGAUGAUUUAAUUAUCUGAUACACUCCAGAACCAUUUGCAACACUCUCGGUACAACCUCACCACACCAGGUCACCAUCAACCCAAAAAACAAAUCCUACAUAAAAAUGAAAUUAAUUUCCAUGACUGAUGAUCUGAAUUUUAGAAGCUAAUUUCUUUUAUAUAUACAAAAUAGGGGAAAAAAAUCAGUUUUAUAUAGUGUUGCUAUUAUAGAAAACAAAACAAAAAGCUACCACCAUGAUCAAUGGCUUCAGAUGGUGAAACCUUGAAAAAUGACUUUGAAUCAAAGUGGCUAAAUUAUUUGGAGAAAUUUCACCAGUGCAGCAAAUGCUGAUUUGAUACUGUCGAAUAAAAAAACAAACAAAUUAUAAGUACACCAAAAGUACAAUAUUAUUAAUCCUGGAGAAAGCCAUCAAACCUCGCAAAUGAUUUGUCAUCAUCAGUGGUUUUCCACCAUGGCCGCAGUAUAACCCAUCAUAAGACUAUACCCGGAUCAUAUGAUCUGGGUAUAGUCUUAUGAAAAUCAGCAACAAAAAGAAUGAGAGAAAAGAAAAUUAUGAAAAUAAAAGGUUAAAGGGUUUGAAUUCGAGUCACCAGGUUAGAGAUACAAAUGAUUCUCCAAAAUCAAAUUGUAACUCCAGAAACAUUAUCUUGGGAUGAUUAAUGAAGUAUAAAACUAAUAAAAUGAAAAUCUCAUCGUUAGAUAAUACAAACAUACGGCAUCAUAGAGAGGCUGCAUGGCCUUCUUUACUCACAAAUCACAUACCCUCUCUUUCUCUAAAUGAUUAUCCAAUUUAAAUUUUUAUUUAAUGUCUAUUUUUGGACGGAAGAAGUAAAAAGUUUGCCAAAAGUCAAGGAUCAAUGAAAGGCCACAUUAAAUACAUAAAAGAGACUAUUUAAAAAGUAGAAGCAGCAAGGAGAAUAGUAAAUAAAAUGCAACGGUGUUGGGAAACUUUCCCUUCCUCAAACGAUCAAUAGGUACACUUAAUUUUAUAAUAAAAUCCUUAAUGUGCCACUAAAUAUCAAAUCAUAUACUAGAAUGUCCACAAAGUACUCAAAAACCAAAUACCCUAAGUGUGUAGAAUGCCCUUAGCAUCAAUCAGGAGAAAUUCAAGACAAGCUAUAUCUUCAGAUUUUGCAUGUGUUGGUUUCCAAGUGUGUGGCACACGAACAUUCACUCUCCAAUUGGACUUGAACCUUGUGAGGUAAUAUCUUCUAACAAAUCAAAACAAUAAUCGUAGGCCAUAUGAAAGUUUGACUUCGUAUAAUGAAAAGUUGAGUCGGUAAGAUUCGUGGUUUUGUAUGAAAGAACCUUGAAACCCAAAUUGUGUAUAUUUAUAGGAAUUGUGGGAUGCGAUGCACACGCACCCAAGGAAAUAAUCUUUAGCUUUGAAAUUGAAAACUCUGAUAAACUUCUGGGAUUGGUUGAAAUCAUCUGCUCUGAUGUUCAAACAAAAAUAUAUCAUCGGUUGAUUUGAUAUACUCCAUGAACCACUUUAUUUGUAAGUGAGAUCAGAUUAAUAUAUGAAUUUGAAAUUUGAACGAGAAUCCUUCUUCUCUCUGAACAAUAAGUGAAGUGGAGCGGUUGCGAGAGGAAGCCAAGAGGAGGCGCAAACUGAGCAAAUCAGUAUAUUGAAAUUUGGAAUACUGUUAUGUAAAAAUCUGUCCCUUCUAUCGUUGAUUAGGAGGAAGAGAUCCAUCCAUCGGAUUUGUAGGGAUUUGGUCGAAUUAAUAUAAGGUUUUGAUUUUUUCAGUUGCGUUUUGUUUUUUUUUGUUUUUUUGGUUUUUAUUGUUUUGUUUUGUGCAUUUAUAUAUCUAGAAAAUUAAGAAAAUACCACAUAGGAUUAGGAUAAAAUCCUAUGUGACAUGUACUCUUGACUUUAGAUUUCUUUAUCUGGUUUUUGCCUUAGUAUAGUAUAUAGAAGAUUAUGUGAAGGAUUGAGGUGAUAUCUGGAUUUGGAAGUUAAAUAAUAGGUGUCUAGCAUUUAAUUGAAAUUAAUAUUAUAUAGGAUGAAAGUUUCACGAUGAUAGACCAUGAUUUAAAAAAAAGGUUGGCUGAAAAAAUGCAAAGAAAAAAAAUCAUUUUUUAAAAAAUAAUAUUUAUUAGUUUUAUAUUAUUUUAUUUUUUGUACAAUUUAAUUUUUUUUAUUUAUUUAAUGUUAUUUUGUGCAAUAUUAUUUCAUUAAUUUAACAUUAUUUUGUUCAGUAUUGUAUUAUUUGGAAAAUAAAUACUUUAAUUUCUAAAAAUACCGUUGUUCACUUAAUUGUUAAUAUGGUUAAACUGCUAGAAUAGUGUCAAGGAACUGAAAAGAUAUAAAUUAAAAGGUGGGAGACCAUUUCCGCCAAAUAUUAAUCAAGCGGUUCGUCUAAUGGAGAUGACUAAUUUCAGAAUUUAGUCAAAUGAUGUAAUGACACCUUUUUCUGUAAUGUAUUUGUAGAUGAGGUAUAAAAUCAUAGCCGCGUCUGCAUAGAAUUGACCUGCAUGACAAUGUUUUGCCUUUCUCAAGGCCCUUGGCACUGUUUUCACACAUUUCAUAAUUUUAAGUUAACAUAUAUAUAAGGAACAGUUUCCUUUAGAGAGGGCUAAGAUCUUUCAUAGUAAGGGUAUAAUAUAUAUCUUCUUAUGUAUGAGUGCAGAAGUUAGUUAUCUAAAAAAAGAAGUAAAUAACUAAUUGUUCGAACUACUUUUGAAAUGAUGUACAUUAUCUCCGAAUAUGAAAAAACUCAUUUCAAAUGCACAAUAUCGAAUAAAAUAUAAUUUCUUAAGAGAAUAGUACAAACUUCAAAUAUUUCUAAAAAUUAGCAUAUUCAUCAUUUUAAUAACGCAUGUAGUUCACAAGUACAAGAGACACAAUGAGUGGAGAAACUUGAAAAAAUAGCACUUAGAAAAAAUCUCGUGCUUUUAAGCUAUACUUGAAUAAUCUGACAUUAAACUUCUACAUGCAUAGUGGACUAAUUUCCUCGUUAUAAGUAUAUGCAAAUUUUGAAUACUGCCAAUACAUGUCAUAAUGAUAAUUUUAUUUCAGGAGCUAUCCCAGAAGAAAUUGGCAAGCUAUCCGAUCUUCAAUUUAUCAACUUGGAGUUUAAUAAGUUAACUGGUUUUAUUCCAGUACAUAUCUUUAACAUCUCAACCAUAACACUACUUAGUUUUGCCGGAAAUGACCUUUACGGUAACAUUCCAGUAUCAGCGGGUUACAACCUUCCCAAUUUAGAGCAUAUUUAUCUCGAAAUGAAUAGUUUAACUGGAGCUAUUCCCAACUCUAUCUCAAAUUGCUCCAAUCUUCAAACUCUUGAACUCUCAGAUAACCAUUUCACAGGGCCCGUUCCCAACUCCCUAGGUGACCUUAGAUUGCUUCAACGUUUGUAUAUCCACCAGAACAAUUUAAUAAGUGAUCCUUCAUCUCCUAUUUUAAACUUCAUCUCCUCAUUGUCUAAUUGCAUCUAUCUUGAAUUAAUCUCUAUGGGUGACAAUCCGUUAGAUGGCAUUUUGCCUGAUUCAGUCGGAAAUCUUUCUUCCACACUACAAUACAUGUAUGCUCACAAUUGUAGAAUUGGCGGAACCAUUCCAAGUGGAAUUGGAAAUUUAAGUACCCUAAGCCUAUUAGAUCUUAAUGGUAAUCAAUUGGUAGGGUUGCUGCCAAGUACAAUGAAAAAUAUGCAAAAACUUCAAGGACUGUAUCUGGGUACAAACAAAAUGAGCAUUUCUCUACAACUUUUUUGUGCAUGCAAGAACUUGGGGUUUUUAGCUCUUCAAGGGAACCAUAUAGUUGGGGAUACAAUUCCAGAUUGCCUUGGAAAUAUUACUUCCAUGAGAGAACUUUUCCUGUAUUCCAAUGGAUUAAACUCUAGCAUACCUGUGAGUUUAUGGAACCUCAAAGAUCUAUUGAAGCUUGACCUCUCUUCAAAUUUGUUAACUGGCUCUCUACCUCCUGAAAUCAGUAAUUUGAAAGUGGCAGUGUUUAUAGAUUUCUCUAAUAAUUACUUCUCAGGUAAUAUUCCUAGCACCAUCACAAAUCUAGAAAAUUUGCAGAAUCUUUCUUUAGCACACAACCAAUUGCAAGGACAUAUUCCAGAGGCGAUUGGUAAUAUGUUGGCUCUACAACAACUGGAUUUAUCAUACAACUUUUUAUCAGGCUCCGUUCCAAUGUCAAUGGAAAAACUUCAAGACCUUGUUUUCUUCAAUGUUUCCUUUAACAAUUUGAGUGGCGAAAUUCCUUCAGGAGGCCCUUUUGCAAAUUUCACAGCUGAGUCCUUCAUAUCCAAUCAAGCACUCUGUGGAGCAACAAAAUAUCAUGUCCAACCAUGUCCUGAUCAUUUAAAUUCUCGUGUGAAGACUAGCAUGAAUUUGCAUAAAUUCGUAGUAAUUUUGGUUGUGUUGAUAUCAUUUGCUAGUAUCACGUCCUUGGGGCUUAUAUACCAGAAAUACAGAAAUAAACGUAAAGCAAAUAAUGUUGUUCAGGAAGGGUUCUCCUCAAAAAUACACAGAAGGAUAUCAUAUUACAAACUUUUGCGAGCAACAGACAAUUACAGUAAGAGUAACUUGUUGGGUACUGGAAGUUUUGGAUCUGUUUACAAAGGCACUCUUGAAGAUGGCCAGAUCGUGGCUGUUAAAGUAUUCAAUUUGCAAGUAGAAGGAUCAUUCAAGAAUUUCGACACAGAAAGUGAGGUAUUACGCAACCUUCGCCAUCGGAACCUAAGAAAAGUCAUUAGCUGUUGUUCUAAUCCUGACUUCAAGGCGUUGGUUCUAGAAUACAUGCCCAAUCACAGUCUAGACAGAUGGUUGCAUUCAAGUAAUUAUAUUCUCAAUGUUACGCAACGACUAAACAUACUGAUUGAUGUGGCAUAUGCUUUGCAGUAUCUUCAUUAUGGUUAUUCGAAACCUGUUGUUCAUUGUGAUCUGAAGCCUAGUAAUGUCCUACUUGAUAAUGAAAUGGUUGCACAUGUUAGUGAUUUUGGCAUUGCAAAAUUUUUGGGUAAAGAAGGAAACACUACAUUCACCAAAACGUUACCUACGCUUGGUUAUGUUGCCCCAGAGUACGCUUCGGAAGGGCAAGUAUCGACAAGAUGUGAUAUUUAUAGUUUUGGAAUCUUGAUAAUGGAAGUUUUCACACGAAAGUGUCCAAGCGAUAAAAUGUUUGGUGAAACUUUGACUCUAAGGAGUUGGGUUCAAGAGUCAAUGCCUGAUAGACUAUCAACGGUGAUCGAUGUUGAAUUGUUAUCAACAUUCAGUCAACACUUUCAUGAAAUACUUGUCAAGAUUUUAUCAAUAAUGGAUAUUGCUCUGACUUGUACGACCGUGUCCCCAAGGGAAAGAUGUAGUAUAGAAGAGGUCCUUGGAAGUUUGAAUAAGAUCAAACUACAAAUGCUGCCACAUACAAAUGGAUCUUGUUGAAGGUGAAAAGUUUUGUAUAUGUUAUGUUUUAUAUAAGGAACUAAGCUCCUAAUUUAUUUUGUAUACAUGUCGCUGUUAUUUUACUAAGCCUUAUUUGAAAUAUCAAAAUCCUCGUCCAAUUAAGCUAGAGCACUUUUAUCGCUACAAUUUGUGCUACGUGCUACAAGUUGGGAACCUUAGAAGAGAAAUUUCAAUUGGAAUGUGUUGCAAAUAGGUAGGUG